AUUAAAUAUCACGAUUCACUGGCGACAAGACCCGCCUUGUGAAAAGCGUCGAGCUGGGGUUUUUUUUUUGGUUUUUGGUUUUUUUUUGCCAUCAUGGGGCUUGUAGAGGUUGUCUUGGAGAAUGUCUCCAUCAAGUCUGCCCCGAUCUGGAUUUUUGGAUCAUGGAUUGUAUACGUGGCUAUGAAGUUUUUCGCUAGGGAGUACAAGCUCAACAAGCUUGGAGCUCGCGCAGCGUCAAUGAACAGCAUGGUUCCUCUAGGUCUCGACAGCGUCUACAUGAUGGUCCGGUCAACCAUGAAAAAUAAGAAUCUGGAAAUGUGGAGGAAGCACAUGUCCAGAUCAAAAACAUUUACUGUGGAGGGCAACCUCUUGACCAACCGCAUCGUCCUUACGGCGGAUCCCGAGAACAUCAAGGCCCUGUUGGCGACGCAGUUCACAGACUACGGCAAGGGGAAGCCCUUCCACGAGGAGUGGGAGCCUUUUCUGGGCGACAGCAUCUUCGCCACCGACGGCGACAAGUGGCACACGAGCCGCCAGAUGCUGCGCCCACAGUUCGUCAAGGACCGCGUCAGCGACCUGGAGUGCUUCGAGACUCACAUCAAGACUCUGUUCAAGGCCAUGGCCAAUGGUGGAGCCCUCGAUAGCGAGCAACAGCACGUCGACUUGGCUGCCAUCAACGGCAAAAAGUUUGAAAUCAGUGAUUUGUUCUUCCGCUACACCCUGGACGUUACUACAGACUUUUUGCUAGGUUACGAUGCCAAGUCACUAUCUACUCCCCAUACCGACUUUGCCGAUGCUUUCAACGAGGUCCAGCGCGUGCAAAGCACAAUCACACGCGCCGGGCCCGCGCAGGUAUUGGUUCCCAAGGGCUCAUACUACAGGGGCCUCAAGAUCAUGGACGAUUUCAUCAACCCCUUCAUCGACCGCGCCCUCCGCCUCUCACCGGAGGAGCUGGCAUCCAAGACCAAGUCGGACCAAGGGUACACGUUCCUCCACGAGCUGGCCUCGUUCACGCGGGACCGCAAGGUGCUGCGCGACCAGAUCGUCGCGGUCCUCCUGGCGGGACGCGACACGACGGCUUCGACGCUGUCCUGGGCCAUCUACGAGCUCGGCCGCCACCCGGAGUGCGUCAAGCGCCUCCGGCAGGAGAUCGCCGACGUGGUGGGCUUCAGCCGAACCCCGACAUACGCGGACCUCAAGUCGAUGAAGUACCUCCAGAACGUCAUGAACGAGACGCUGCGUCUGUACCCGGCGGUGCCCUUCAACGUGCGGCUCGCGCUGCACGACACGACGCUGCCGCGCGGCGGCGGGCCCGACGGCACCCUCCCCAUCCCCGUGCUCAAGGACACCCCCGUCGGCUACUCGACCCUCCUGAUGCAGCGCCGCAAGGACCUCUACCCGCCCGCCUCGGAGAACUUCGCCGACCCCGAAGUCUUCAGCCCCGAGCGCUGGUUCCACUGGCAGCCCAGGCCCUGGCAGUACAUCCCCUUCAACGGCGGCCCUCGCAUCUGCAUCGGCCAGCAGUUCGCCCUGACCGAGAUGAGCUACGUCCUCGUGCGCAUGUUUCAGCGCUACGACCGCGUCGUCAACUACAUGGGCGACAUCGACGGCGGUCACCCCACCAUCAAGUCUGACAUUGUCAUGCAGCCCGGCGAUGGGGUUAUUGUUGCGUUUUGGGAGGCGAAUAAUGAAAAGAUUUGAGGGAGAAGAAAAGAUUAGGGAACUGGUAAAUUUGGGAGGUGCUCUUUUGUUUUGUCGUUGUUUGGGGGGUGAAUUCCCCUUGUGUUUAUGAAUCUCGAUUUUGUAGGAUUCCAACAGCGCGUGGAGGUCAAGGUUUGAUUUUUGACAGUCAACCUUUGAACAAAACCAAAGGUCAGGUUAAAUUGUUAUUGAGUUAUGAAACAAACACUUUCAUGUGCCAAGUCCUUUUGCCAUUGAAACUCACGUACCAAGUACCCUCCUCAUGUAAUAGACUGGACAGGUUUUUUCUUUCUUUUUUUUUUUCCCCCGAUGAGCUUGAGGCUUUUUUUGUCAAUUGUUG